GAAAACAAAAACCCUGUGUUUUAAGGUGUUGUGCGUUUCCCACCGCCCUUUGCAUCUAAGCUUCACGAGAACACGUAUGGAAAAACUGACGAAAGACUCGUUGUAAAGUAUAAAACUACAGCAGAGUCAUCCCCGCAGCAGAUUCACACUCCGCACUGUAGAUGUCUCCAGAAUCCGUGCACAUCAUUUCGCAGCAUGAACCACAGAAGAAAACAAGCAGGAAAUGUUACACUUCAACAUGGGAAGUGAACGCAGCUGCCAGCAUCAAACACUUGUGAUUUCAAAAACCUAACUGAAUUUGAAUUGAAUCCAUCUUUGCUUUAAAGUGUUUUUGUUGGAAAAAGGCCACAGCUCUGUCUGUGUGUUCAUUUGCCUAACAGAGAGAGAGAGAGAGAGAGAGAGAGACAUUUCAGCACUACAGUCAAAGCAGGUGUGACUCAGUCUGGGAUCUCCCAUCUGUUAUGUUGAAGGAGGAUGGACAAGGUGAUCAACUGCUUCAAGAAAAGACCAGAUGCCGUGGCCAGGCUCAUCUGCUUCCCUUGGGCGGGCGGAGGGUCCAUACACUAUGCCCGCUGGGGGACCGUCCUCAGCUCUGUUGAAGUGUUUGCCGUCAAACUGCCGGGCAGAGAGAGUCGAGCCAAAGAGCCGUUCUUUCAGAACAUGCAGCAGAUUGUGGACGAGGUCAUUGGCGUGUUGUUACCGGUGCUGAAAGAGAAGCCGUUUGCGCUCUUUGGUCACAGUUUCGGUGCCUUCACGAGUUUCGCUGUGGCAGAUGCUCUGAAGAAGCUCCACAACCUUGAACCGGUUCACAUCUUCCUGUCGGGUGCCUCUGCACCUUAUUCAGAGAUUCGUGUCAAAGCCCCAAAGAGAAGCGAGUUGUCAGACGACGAUUUUCUCAAGUGGUUGAUUUCGAUUGGAGGAACUCCUCCUGAACUUCUGGCCAACUCUGAAGUCAUGAAGCUCUUCCUUCCUGCCCUGAAGGCCGACCUGCACGUCGUGGAGAACUACAGGUGUAACAAGCCAGACAAUCCAACCCUGUCCUGCCCAGUCACAUGUUUUGACGGAAAAGACGACAUUCCUCAUGACUUACAAGCCUGGAAAGACAUCACAUCAGGAGAUUUCACCACCAGGAUGCUCGACGGAUCUCAUUUUUACCUGAAGGAUUCUGGAAAUGAAAAACAUAUAUUAGACUACAUCACGAAUCACCUGGAAACAUUAGAAAUGGACUAUUUCUGAUCAAACGUGCACGACUACUGCACAGGGUAGUAUGUCUAAUGACUUGAAUGUUUCUUUUAUGAAUUCAUUAUGAUGGAGUGCAACAUUUUUUUCUUUAACCACGUUUGUGAUUAAUUUAAUUGAAAACAUUUAACCUCCUUACCUCACUUCUUUGGCAAGCCUUAACAUUACAUACAGAUUACACGCGUUACCAUGUUGUUGUUCUUUUGAUUUUAGUUAAAGUCCCAGUCUCUUCCAAAGGAACUCAAUCAAAAAGUCAGAAUUGGCCCAUGUGGUAUUGAACCAACAAUUACUUAAGCCUAAUUUAAGAGUUAUGUGUUUUUAAUUGCAUAUACAAUUUCCAUCCAUUUGCAUUAAACAGAGUUUACAUAAACUAAUAAACUAAAUUUGUUU